GCUUAAAGACCCCUCCAUGAACCCAUAGGCCGCGCCUCAGGCCACCAGGCUAUUGGCCCAACAUCGCCGCUAUUGGUUCAAUGGUGCAAGAACCCCCGGCAGCCUCGCCUGAUGCAGCGGCGCGGCCCAUUCUCGAACGUGGGACGGUUUUAUCUUAAGGGAGCCAUGAACCAUCGACCUUCACGGAGGAUCAUCCUCCAUUCCACUCCCUAACCAUGGCUCGACGACAGCACCUCACCCUGACUUUUGUCUUAGUCCUCGUGGCUUUCUGUACUCUGUCCUACCUCUUCUCCGGCCCAUCAGGGAGCGCAGUUCCUGGCUUCGCGAAGGCACCUGCUGGCGAGCCCCUGAAAGCGAACGAGAAGUCCGAAUUUGUGGUUGAUCUCAAUGCCAUCCCUACGGGUUUCCUGGAAGGCGAGUCCAUUGCGCCUCGCCUAGAGAAUGCUACGCUCAAGGCCGAGCUUGGUCAUGCCACGUGGAAGUUCCUUCACACGAUGAUGUCGCGUUUCCCCGACGAACCCUCAAAAGACGAUCGCAUGGCGCUGGAGACCUUCAUGCACCUUUUCGCCCGCCUAUACCCGUGUGGCCAGUGUGCCAAACACUUCCGUGGACUCUUGGUUGAGUACCCACCCCAGACCAGCAGUCGCAACGCGGCCGCGGGAUGGCUCUGCUUCAUGCACAACAUCGUCAACGAGAAGGUGCACAAACCUUUGUUCGACUGUAAUAAGAUUGGCGACUUUUACGAUUGCGGGUGUGGCGAUGAUAAGAAGAAGGAGGGAGUCCAAGGAGUGGAGGGAGGCAAAGGAGAUAAGGGUUCCGAGAGCGCGCAGGGCGAGGGACCUGACCCAGAGCUGCACAAACACUGAGGGAAUAUGUACGAGUACUUGUUUGGAUCAUCAACAUGGGCGUUCCGGUAGAGAAUAACCCGGCUCUGGCGGGACCAGACCGCCAGAUUAUAUAGAAUGACCUGGGGCGACGUGUUCUGUAACAGGCGCAACCCAUCACUUCCG